AUCCGUAGACCAAGUAUAAGUUGGGCUCAUCGGCGCGGAGCGGGGCGGCGACGACGACGACGACGACGAUGGCCUCGCCCGCGACUCACCACCACCACCACCACCUCCUCCCCUUCUCCCUCUCCCUCUCCCUCCUCCUCUUCUCUCUCGUUGUGGUCAUGGUGCUCGGCGUUUCCGCUUUCCUGCUCGAGUACGUGAGGAAGAUCGGAUGCAAGCACUCGUUGGAGAGAGACGCUGUUUCAGAUGCGUUCUUCGAGGAUCCCAACUCAUUGAAGAAGGUCCCUUGCCCUUCAAUUUUUGAUCCUGCUGAAAAGUACAUCUCAUUGAUUAUUCCUGCAUAUAAUGAGGAGCAUAGGCUUCCUGGAACUCUUGAUGAAACACUGAGUUAUCUACAACAACGUUCAGCAACAGAAAAGUCCUUUACUUAUGAGGUGUUGAUAGUUGAUGAUGGAAGUACUGAUCGUACAGCAAAAGUAGCAUUUGACUAUGUGAGGAAGUACAAGAUCGAUAAUGUGAGGGUUCUUCUACUUCGCAGAAACCAUGGAAAAGGAGAAGCUAUCAGAAAAGGAAUGCUCCACUCACGUGGUGAACUACUUUUAAUGCUCGAUGCUGAUGGGGCAACCAAGGUGACCGACCUAGAAAAGCUUGAAUCUCAGAUACAUGAAUUGGCUAGAAGUGUCAACAAAGUCAACUCAGUUGCUUCUACUACUACUAGUUCAAGUUCAAAUCUCUCAGACACUGAAAUUGCUGCAUGUGGUUCACGGGCUCAUUUGGAGAAGCAGGCUCUUGCUACAAGGAAAUGGUACCGGAACUUCCUAAUGAAGGGUUUCCAUCUAGUAGUUUUACUGACUGCAGGCCAUGGAAUUCGAGACACACAGUGCGGUUUUAAGAUGUUCACGAGGGCUGCUGCUCGGAAGUUGUUCACAAAUAUCAGAUUGAAGAGGUGGUGUUUCGACGUUGAGCUUGUGUACUUGUGCAAGAAACUCAGGAUCCCAAUGCUCGAGAUCUCGGUCAACUGGUCUGAGAUACCCGGGUCAAAAGUGCGCCUGACGAGCAUCGCGCACAUGCUAUUCGAGCUUAUUCUGAUUCGAGUCGGCUAUGGGCUUGGAAUAUGGAAAAUUCACACCUAACUUAGUGUUUGUUAGUCUUCAGCCAGAGAGAGAGUUAAAGCACUUAAGCGUCGGCACAAUUGGAAUCAUUUUUACAGAGCCAGUUCGUUACUUGCUAUUUCUUUAAACCAACAAUCCUUUUAUAUUUCCAAGAUUUUCUUCUUCUUUUUCGGUUGAAGAAGCUCAAUUUUUCUAAUUGCAUACCGGACUGAAAAGUUGUACUCUAUAGGAAUGUGCCAACUCAGGAUGAUGUUCUUGUUUAUCUCAUUGCAGAUUACCUACCA